AGAGGAUUUUCAAAGAUGGCGGAGAAAUGUAGGAGAGUAAUGUGAACGUGUCACUAUACUAAAAUGGAUACUCGAUCGUUCUUUAGCUCUGCUGGAAAGACAGCGAAACAAGGCGCUUCGAAAGUAGAAAAUAAGCGCGGCAAAGAUUCUACUGCGAAGUCAUUAUCGAAACAUGAUGUAGGAAAGAGCCGAACGAAAAGCAAGGGUUGUAACAGGGUUGCCUGAAAACAAAAACCAAAAGAAAAUCAGAAGAGGAAGAAGAAAGGAAAAAACAUUAUUGACUCAGAAACAGCCUCCUGGUUAGCUCAAUUGGUUAGAGCACUGGACUAUUGUGCAGGAGGUCGAGGGUUCGAGCCCAGACUGGACCAACACUCAAGGUCUUAAAAUAACUGAGGAGAAUGUGCUACCUUUCUACAAUGUCAAGAAAUGGAGAGACAUUCUAGUCUUCUUGGAUAAGGAUGAAUAAACCAAAAGCCACAUCAGUAAAGAAGGAGGAGAGUUCAAAAGCUAUGAAAAGUAGAAUAUUGACCAAUCAGCUUGGACUCAGGAGUCUUGGAAAGUAAUGAGAGAGAGGAGGCCACUGAUUUGAUUCAAAGAUAUGGUGGAAAAGUUACCCAAUCAGUGAGCAAGAAAACAAGUUAUGUCGUUGUGGGACGGGAUCCUGGAGAGCAUAAACUUUCUAAGGCUAAGGCAAUGUGGAACAUCACAAAUAGAUGAAGACGGUCUGUUUGAGCUUGUCAGAACAAAACCAGGCAAUAAGACCAGCUAUGAACCACCAAGUGUGCACAAGAAGACAAAGAAGGAGAAAGCUGAUCCAGUGGAGUCCCUCAGCCAGAGAAAAGAUCAGUCUGAAGGGGAUUUGUCACAACUGAGUGAAAGAUCUGUGUCAUCUCCAACAACACAAACACUAUCAUCAUCACCUGCACUGAAAGCUUUCUUUUUCAACAAAGACCAAGAUGGGUCGUCCUUAAAGGCAGCUCUUCUGUGCGGUUCCCCAGGAGUUGGUAAAACCACAACAGCAACACUUGUUUGUGAAGAGCUUGGUUUUACCUUCACUGAAAUGAAUGCCAGUGAUACACGGAGCAAAAAGACCUUGGAAGAACACAUUUCUCAGUCACUGAGCAAUAAAACCAUGGAUGGCCUUCUGACAGGUUGUCAAAUUUCUGUAACAUUUGGAAUGACUUUGAUAUUAUUAAAGAUGCUUCAUUCAUUCUUCUGUCUUACUAAACUGACUUUCCACUGUAGUUAA